UAAAUCCAGAUAUCGUGUGUAGACUGUGUAAAUCCACAGGAGACGCACGGACCUCUGUCGGUGGCAGUGUGUUCGUUCGUGUGUGCGUGUGUGUGUGUGUGUUUGAGUGUGAGUGCUUUUCGUUAUAAUAUUUAAAUAAUUAUUUUAAUUGUGCUUCAAUGUGGCAGACAAAUGAUCAAAAUAGUUGAAAGCGAAACGGGGAAAAGUGACCAUUGAUGGGUUAAUAGUCAGCAGCAGAAGUAGCCGCAGCAGCGGUGGCACCACUGAAUUUAAAAGUGGAGAAAAAGAAUCCACGACAAAUUACUCAAAGAAGAAGAAGAAACGUACAAGUCAAGAAAAAAUCUUCAAUAGGGAGCAUAGAAAGAGGAACGUGUUCCGCAUUUAAAGAAAGGGACAGAAGAGCAGUCUGCUCCACAAAACGCCCCUUGAAGAUGACGGACGUUGUGGAGUUGCUUAAUAGCAUGUCCAGCACGUUCAACAGCGACUGCGCCACCACUACCGCGGAGGGGGGCACGCUGCUCAACCUGGAUCUGGCCGAAGACAAGACGCUCAAGUGGCGCAAUCUGGCCAACAAUCAGUUUGCCUGCAAGGACAAGGAUAAGAAGCAGAGCCGGGCCUGCGACGAAGUGGGGUCGGAGGAGCAAGCCACGCACAAAAGUGGCCCUCAGGAGGAGCUUCUGGCCAAGCAGAAGAAAGGUGCGGAGGAGGACAAAAAGCCGAGCAAAGCGACGGCCACGUCGGCAGCGGAACUGGUUCCGACAGAGGACAUUGAGGACAACGUCAAGGAACUGCUUGCGGAUGUGGUGGACGCCGCGGCCGUGAAGCUAGAGGAAGAAGAAGCUGCUACGGCGGUUGAGGUAGAGGCGAAAGCUGCAGCAGCGGCAACACCUGAAGGCCUGCCGAAUGCAAAUGAAGCGUCAGUAGAGGAGGAUGCGCCAGCUAAAGAAGAAGAAAUAAAAGUAUCAGAGACAGCAGAAGUAGGGACGGCCGAGAUAGAAGCAGAGACAGAAGCAGCAGACAAACAGGAAGAAGAGAAGAGACCCGCCGCAGCUCCCGCCGAAGCUGCUUCGGCAGCCGAGGGUGACGACGACGAGCGCAAUGCCGAAGUGAAAUGCAUUGGUAAUGAAGCAGGCGGGGAGGAGGCGGCAACUGCAGAGCAGGAGCCGCCCGCCAAUGGCAGCGAUGACAACGCCGCAGCCACAACAGAAGCGGCAACAAGCAGCGGGGUAGCCGACAUCAGCCCAUUUACGGUAAAAGUGGAAAGGGAGCCAGGGAACAUGGCUGCGGAUGGUAUCAAGACUGAGACCGUGAGGGAGAAUGAUCAACCUCUGCCAGAGCGGAGGGCAGGAGCGGCACCAAAGCAGAAGGAGCUGGAAGAAACAGCACUUACAGCCGCAGCCACAGCAUCAUCUCCGACUCCACUUGUUGUCAAUUCUGCCAGCCUUAGCGUUGACGUUGACUGCUGCGCUGACGCAACAGAAUCGAAUUUGAUGAAUGCUGCUACUGCUGGCAGCAACAGAAGCAGCGACCAGGCAGAAGCAACAGUAGAAAUACCAGCAGCCGCAGCGAGUGCUGAUAAAAAUGAAGAAGCGUCGCCUGGCUGUACGCGGCGCUCGCGUCGUACUCCUCGACCCUCAGACAGUCACAUCCCCAGCAACAGGAGCAGCACACCCACUCCCAGUCCUGCAAGCGCUAACGAGCCACAGGCUGCUGCUGAGAUUGCACCACCCACUGAUACAGAGACGGAGCCAGAAGCUGCGCAGGAUGUCCAGGAAAGCCCAACUCUGGAGGAGAGCAGUGAGGUGGGCAAUGCGAAGAAGGAGUCAGAGAAGCCGCCGCAACCGGAGGAUGCCUCCAGCGGCGUGACCACUGCCAGAUCCCCGCCAGCACCCAAGCGGGGACGAGGUCGCGCAAAGAAGAUCAAACUCGAUGCAGAGUCGGAUGCGGCCCCAUCUAGCGAGACGCCCCCACUCAUCGAUGAGCCCGUCAUCGAGCGGAAGCCGGGCCGCAAGCGGAGGCUGCCAGAGGAGCAGCAGGAUCAAUCGCAGGGCGAGCUGGUGGUGGUGAAGACGGAGCAUGAGGAGGCAUUGGAAACGGCUGCCCCAAACGCUGAUCUCAAGCGGAUGCGGCGCAGCGUUCGCCUGGGUAACCGGCAUCCCGCGGACGGUCCCGUCUGGGAAGAGGUGAAGACAGAGGCUCUGCCUUUGAUGGCCGACCUACUACUGCCUGAGCUGGUCGGAAUUUCGGGCGCCGCUGCCGUGCUGGACGAGAAGACGCCACCCAAAAAGCGCGGACGAAAGGCCAAGAUACCGCCAGUGCCCAAGACGGAGGCGCACACUUCGUCAUCCGUAUCGGGCAGCGGCAACUCCAGCAUGUCGCUUCCCGUGAUAAAUGGAAACAAGCGCACCCUGGCCUCAACCCAUGGGGGAGGCAUGGGGAUGGCUCCUGCUGAGGUUCAGCUGCCGAAGCGCUCCAAGCGGCGGAUCAAGCCCACGCCGAAGAUUCUGGAAAAUGACGAGCUGCGCUGUGAGUUCGAGACGAAGCACAUCGAGCGCAUGACCCAUUGGGAGACAGCGGCUGAGGGUGACGCACACUUCGAAACGCCGCUGCCUUGCGGAAGCAGUGGAGGCGGCGGUGGAUCCAAUUCCUCCACGUCGCGUCAGAAGAGCGACAAGUCGGAUAAUAGCGGAGUCGAUGGGGGCCAGCAUCCGGCCGGGACGAGUGCCAUCAAAAAGCGCCUGUUCUCAAAGUCGCUGCGCGACAUUGAGAACUCGGGAGCAGCCCUGCUGGCCAAAAGCCGCAUGAAGCCCUGCCCGGAUGUCGAUCAGUUCCUAUGCGACAUCAAGGCCGCCAGGUUGACCGCGAACCGCUCUCCGGAGGAACGCAAGCUAAACAAGAAACAGCAGCGCAAGCUGGCAAAGCAGAAGGAAAAGCACCUAAAACACCUCGGCCUAAAGCGCAACAACAGCGAGGAGGCCUCCGACAACGACAGCUCUAACACCGACAACGAGUUUGUGCCCACCACCCGCGUACAGGUGGGCAAACCUAGUGUCACCUUGCGUCUCCGUAAUGCCGCCGCCAAGGAGCAACUGCCCACAACCUCAGCAGCAGCUGCAGCGGGGGCAGGGGCAAGGGCUCCUUCAUUGAAAUCGCAUCCUCCCCAGACCACAGCGAAACUGGCACGACGCUUGGCCGUUCGUGGAGGGGCUGGAACGGGACAGGCACAGGCAGUGGGAAGAUCCGCAGCCCUGGACACUGAACAGCUCCACUCACUGAACAGGUCCAUUUUGGCGGAUGUCCCCGCAUCUUUAGACGAUGCUAGUGCCGACGCCGAUGCCAUUCCCACCACCUCCAAGCUGGCACUGGCCAAGUGCCUCUGCCUGUGCCAGAAGAGCUCUCAGUACUACGCCCGCAACGCACCGGACUCCACCUACUGCUGCGCCAUCGACAACGUGGACGAGCAGAAGAUUGGAUGCUGCAACGAGCUCCCUGCCGAGGUGCACAACCUGCUCCGUCCCAGCCAGCGGGUGGGCUACAUGAUUCUCUGUGACGAGCACAAGAAGCGCCUUCAUGCCCACAAUUGCUGCGCUGGCUGCGGCAUCUUUUGCACGCAGGGAAAGUUUGUACUGUGUAAGCAGCAGCAUUUCUUUCAUCCUGACUGCGCCCAGCGCUUCAUCCUCAACAGUCCCUACGAUGACCAGCAGCAGCCGGGCGGAUCAAGGUCAGGAACAGGCAGUAAAUUCAGCAGCCCCAUGCUGGUACUUAAGUGCCCGCACUGCGGCUUGGACACACCCGAGCGCACCUCCACGGUGACCAUGAAGUGUCAGACCCUACCCGUCUUUUUGGCCACCCAAAAAUACAAGAUCAAACCGGCUAAGCUGACCACCUCUUCGCAUCUGGCCCAGUUUGCGGGAACCGGCCAGGCCAACGCCAGCGCCAAGCCAAAGGGAAGGACCUCUUCCACAGCAUCAGCCUCCACUUCCGGAACGAAGGCGAACGGAACAUCGCGCAGCGUCAAGGGGGCUGCCGUGGGGUGCCGAAUCCAAACCAUCAACACCAUCAAUUUCGAGCAGCUGAUCCCCGACUCGGUGAUGAAUGUGGUGCUGCGGGGACACGUGAUGUCGGCCAGCGGGCGUGUAACCACAGAGUUCACCUCCCGUGAUAUGUACUAUGCGGUGCAGAACGACGAUCUGGAGCGGGUUGCCGAGAUUCUAGCUGCGGACUUCAAUGUGCUGACACCGAUCCGGGAGUACUUGAAUGGUACCUGCCUGCAUCUGGUGGCCCACUCGGGUACCCUACAGAUGGCCUACCUGCUGCUCUGCAAGGGGGCCAGCUCCCAGGACUUUGUCAACAUCGUGGACAGCGAGUUGCGGACGGCGCUGAUGUGCGCGGUGAUGAACGAUAAGUGCGAUAUGCUUAAUCUGUUCCUGCAAUGCGGUGCAGAUGUGGCCAUCAAGGGUCCCGAUGGCAAGACGAGUUUACAUAUUGCCGCGAAGUUGGGUAGCGUGGAGGCCACGCAGCUGAUCGUGGAGAGCUACAAGGCCUCGCGGAACAUUACCAACUUCCUGAGCUUCAUCGAUGCGCAGGACGAGGGCGGCUGGACGGCCAUGGUAUGGGCCGCUGAGCUCGGACACACGGACAUUGUUAGCUUGCUGCUGAACCAGGGGGCGGAUCCCAACCUCUGCGACAACGACAACAACACGGUACUGCACUGGUCCACGUUGCAUAACAAUGGCUUAGACACGAUCACGGUGCUGCUGCAGGCAGGGGCCGACUGUAAUGUUCAGAAUGUAGAGGGCGAUACACCGCUCCACAUCGCCUGCCGUCAUUCGGUGACCCGAAUGUGCAUCGCUCUCAUCGCCAAUGGAGCGGAUUUGAUGGUGAAGAACAAGGCCGAGCAGUUGCCCUUUGACUGUAUACCCAACGAAGAAUCAGAGUGCGGCCGCACCGUCGGCUUCAACAUGCAGAUGCGCAGCUUUCGGCCCUUGGGUCUGCGCACCCUUGUCGUGUGUGCUGACGCUUCAAACGGGCGAGAAGCGCGCCCCAUUCAGGCGGUGCGCAACGAGCUGACGAUGUCGGAAAACGAGGAUGAAGCGGACACGCUGAUGUGGCCAGACUUCCGCUACAUUACCAACUGCAUCAUCCAGCAGAACUCGGUGCAAAUUGACCGUCGCGUCUCCCAGAUGCGCAUCUGCUCCUGCCUAGAUAGCUGCAGCAGCGAUCAGUGCCAGUGCAAUGGAGCCUCCUCACAGAACUGGUACACGGCCGAGAGCCGGCUUACGUCCGACUUCAACUACGAGGAUCCGGCGGUGAUCUUCGAGUGCAACGAUGUUUGCGGAUGCAACCAGCUCUCGUGCAAGAAUCGCGUCGUCCAGAACGGCACCAAAACGCCGCUGCAGAUCGUGGAGUGCGAGGACCCAGCCAAAGGCUGGGGCGUACGUGCCCUGGCCAACGUCCCCAAGGGUACUUUCGUGGCAUGCUACACGGGAGAGAUUCUGACCGCCCCGGAGGCAGAUCGCCGCACCGAUGACAGCUACUACUUCGACCUAGAGCACGGGCACUGUAUCGAUGCCAACUACUACGGCAAUGUGACUCGCUUCUUCAACCACUCUUGCGAUCCCAAUGUGCUGGCCGUGCGCGUUUUUUACGAGCACCAGGAUUACCGCUUUCCCAAGAUCGCCUUUUUCGCCUGCCGCGACAUCGAUGCCGGCGAAGAGAUAUGCUACGACUACGGAGAAAAGUUCUGGCGCACAGAACAUCGCUCCGCACUUGGCUGCAAGUGCUUGGCGGACUCGUGCAAAUAUGCCAACCAAUCCCCUAGCAUAAAUGCAUCGCCCACAGAGGCGACGACUGCAGAAGCAGCUGCUGCGGAGUCGGCCGAACCGGAUACGGUUUAAACCUAAAAUGAGUCCAGCUUCUCCUCGACAAGCACCCACAAAGUCAGACGGACAUCAUAUUGCAGUACAAACGGUCCACCAGCAGCAGCCACAACACGAGAUUGCCAUAUACAUAUAUAAAUAUAGAUUAGUAGUGGGCGGGAGCAAUACAAUAACAUUUUUCUGCUCGAAUCAACAGACAAGGGAAACAUGUUAUUGUAUGGGGCGCGACCACUGUUUUACACUGUACGUGUAGCGGCAGCGCAGCAGUAGCAGGAUUGAGCCGUUCCCGCGCCCGUACCGACCGCUGAUAUAGAUGCUAUAUGUAUAUAUCAUUACCAAUCACAUCAUGAUUCGAAAUCAGAACACAUCCGUUUGUAAGGCAACUUCGCCUGCUAAAUGUUUCAUGAUUUACGCAUUUUUUUUUUUUACAUGUUCAAUGAUUGUUAAUUAUUAUGUUUGUUUGAGUUUCUUGCAAGUGUUUUCAUUACUUGUAUCAUGAAUAUUAUUAUUGUAUGUUUUAUAUGUUGUAUGUUUAAACCAAUAAGUGCGGCAAACUGUCACAUUUGCAGGCCCCAUUCUAAACGCUCCAUGUAUAUAUGUAUAUAUUUCUAUCUGCGGUGUGUGCGUGGCUGUACUUGUUUAGUUUAGGGACUGGAGUGAAGAGAAGCUCAUCUAGUCAUAAGGAAGAGGGAGAGCGAGAGAGCUAGCGAGUUAGCCAAACAAUACUCAGUUGUGUUUGGGAAACGUUGCGGAAGAAAGGCCUUGGGCCUUAAGCCAUCAAAAAGUAGCAGCUUCAGUGCGUUUCAUAGCUAAUCAUAGUAUAAAUACAAGCCCCAAGACGUACAGCUGUGAACCGCAUUUUACACACGCUAGAUUCACGUGAAUGUAACAAUAAUAAUCUGAACAAAUUUAAAAAGUUAAAGCGUUAAACCAUGAGCAGACCAUUUUUUGAUAGAGAACAUAUGAAUAUUGCAUUGCAAAAAAAGUAGAAUUAUAUGUGUACCAGAUAAACUGAAUGAAUCAAAAAUGAAACAAUAUCUAUCUACCAUAUACCAUAUUA